UUUGAGUGUAGAUUGGUCAGUCGGUCUGUUUGCCAUCCCCUCCAGGCAAAAGCUUGGCGGCAGGGCCGAGCGGCUAGUCGUCGGCCAACACUCGUUUACAUCUGACAUGCUUCAGAAGAAGAAGCAGCAACAACAGCAGCAGCAGCAGCAGCAGCAGCAGCAGGAGCAAAAAAAUAAGAAGAAAAAAAGAAACGAGUUUCAAAAUCCCGCGUGCAGUUAUUCGUAUGAUUUAAAUGCGACGACGCGAAGUUGGCAGCGUAUUUAGUUUCGAAGUGACAGUUAUCCGUGGAGGAGAAACGAUCGCGCGUGCGCGUCGUUGCCUACUUUAAAUCCGUGCGCGCGAAAUUGAAAAUUACGUAUUCUGGAUUGUGUAAAGAGAAUUCGGGAGGAUACACGGUGAUGUGAUACAAUUUGUUGCUCUGACGUUCUUUGACGAUACGUCGCAGUGAUCGUGGUUUUUUCAAACAUGAUAUCUACGGUGAUAAAAUCAAAGUUAAUUUAUAGUCGUUCGGUUAUAGGUGAUCAUUAAACGACUCCAGAUGUGUGGAUUUAUUAUAUAAAAGUAAUUUAAAUAAUAACGGCCAAAUUGUCCACCUAGGCGAGCCUAUUAAAAACAAAUUUCGAUACAAUCGGAUAACAAUUCCGUCGAUCUGUGUGCACUCUACAUAGAUUCAGGCAAACGAUAGGAGAGAAAAAUGGGAUUGUCAGGAUGUAUGCACUUGGCUCUCUCACCUCGCAGCCUCUUUCCAAACACCAGCGUGUCACCUUACACAAUCGGCAAUAUAAUUAUACACGCGGAUUUGAGCAUGGGGGCUGGCGGGGCUGGUGGGCCAGUUUUGGGCCUGCCAGGGGCCGGUGUGGCCGGCGUUUUGUCACAGCACUGUGCGAUAUGCGGUGACAGAGCGACGGGGAAGCAUUACGGCGCAGCAUCGUGCGACGGUUGCAAGGGUUUCUUCAGAAGAUCCGUCAGGAAGAAUCACCUCUACACGUGCAGGUUUAGCAGAGCGUGCGUGGUGGACAAGGACAAAAGAAACCAGUGCAGAUACUGCAGACUGAGAAAAUGUUUCAAAGCCGGCAUGAAGAAAGAAGCCGUUCAAAACGAAAGGGAUCGAAUCAGCUGUCGAAGACCGAGUUACGAGGAGCAAGGAAACGGUGUCGUCGGUUUAUCCGUGGCUUCGCUUUUGAAUGCGGAAAUGCUCAGCCGUCAAGUUGGCGCAGCGUUAGAGCAGCUCGGAAGUCCGAACAGCGAGAUAGAUCUGAGCACGAAGCAAGUGGCGAGUAUAAACGACGUGUGCGAUAGCAUGAAACAACAGCUAUUAAUUUUGGUGGAAUGGGCGAAAUACAUACCGGCCUUCAGCGAGCUCAUUUUGGACGAUCAGGUGGCCUUGCUGAGGGCGCAUGCCGGCGAACACCUUCUCCUCGGUGUUGCGAGGCGCAGCAUGCACCUCAAGGACGUUCUUCUCUUAGGCAACAAUUGUGUAAUAACAAAAAAUUGUCCUGUAAUCUUGUUGUCCACAGAGGGACGCAGCCAGGACCUCGACAUAAGCAGAGUCGGGACUAGGAUUAUGGAAGAGCUUGUCAAGCCUCUACACAACGUGCAAAUCGACGACACGGAAUUCGCUUGUCUCAAAGCCAUAGUGUUCUUUGAUCCGAACGCAAAAGGGCUUAGCGAGCCGGCCAGAAUCAAGCAUCUCCGUUACCAGAUCCAGAUCAACCUCGAGGAUUACAUAAGCGACCGUCAGUACGACAGCCGAGGUCGUUUCGGCGAGAUCCUCCUGACGUUACCGGCCCUCCAGUCGAUCUCGUGGCAAAUGAUCGAGCAGAUACAAUUCGUCAGGCUGUUCGGAGUCGCGCACAUCGACAGUCUCCUCCAGGAGAUGCUGCUCGGCGGCGCCACGGCCGAAAACAACGGCUCGGCGUCUCUGCCGAUACCGAACGCGCCCGGAAGCUACGUCAGCAGCAACGAGAGUCCGAGCAGUCCGCUGACCCCUGCUCAUCCCGGUCCCCUGAGUCCCCAGGACCACAUGCUAGCCGCCGGAAGUCCGCCUGACAUGAUGCUCAGGGACCUCACGUCGAUGAGUAACGAGGAACACACAACAGCCGCCGGUUUCAGGAUGUUCAAACAGGAGCCAAGCCUCGAGGCUGAACCGCCGGGUUUUUGACUAGACGAUGAACUUCCGUCCAUUUAUCCGGAAGAGAUGGCCUGCUGAAAAUCCUCCUCCUCCUCCUCCUCCUCAUUAUAUUCGUUCCUGCAAGCUCAUUAUUAUGUGUAGUGCACGAUAGAUUUUAAAUUUCGAUGCAAGGUGUAAUUAUCCGAAAUCGACAAAGACGCGACAGUGAGGACUAAUCGUAUUUGGGGUAUCGGGCCGGGAAUUAGAAAUUACAGAAACGGACGAGAAAAUUUUGUGCAUGAUGAUUCUUUGAGUGAUAUCCAGUCGGAACACAAUGAUAUGAUGUUGAUCGAUCGGUAAUAAAAGAGGAAUCAAUCACGGAUUGUUUAAAAAUUGAAAUUUCGAAACGACAAUGACAAUUUGAAUUCGGUAUACGAUUACCGAGAAAAAAUUUACUUCGCCAUUUUUUCCUGCCAAUCUCUGAAUUGCGUAUAAUACGAUAAGCUGCGUUUUAGACGAUAAGUGUUCAGUGUGAGGAACUGAGCAACGAUGACGUAUAUAUAGUCGGAAGGAUGACUGAUUAUAUAGAAAAUAUCCAAAACACUGCGAGUUUUUGAUACCGCGUAUAUAUUUAUACACCAUUGUGAACGAUAUAGCCAUAGAUGAUCAGUGCCUUGAUAAUUGCUCAAUAUAUAAUUUCUAUAUCAAAGUAAUGAUAUACGGAAAACUAUUGUAUACAAGAAACAAAUCGUUGAUAGAUUUGAAAGAAAAACAAACAAAAAACAAUGUGGCAUUAUUUAUAUACCUACGAUAAACAAAUAUACCUAAGCGUGUAUAUUCGUAAGUAUACACGCGUAGCAUUAAUUGACAUUUAUUAAUGCAGGUAAAACUUGUGAUAAGAUAUAAUAAACAUCUAAACAUAUACAUAAUAAAUAAUUGAAAAAAUUGAAAAACUUAUACGUGCGAUCUUACGAUUAAUUACCAUUAUGAAAUAAUUCCGGAGUAGGAAUUUUGAGUGGUAGAAAACGAAAAAAAAAAAAUAUAUACAUGAGACACUCAAAUUUCAGUAACUUUACAC